AAUUUAAUGACUGUUUUUUUAAUUAUUGCAUAAAUUUAAAGUAAUUUAAAUGGAUGUGUUUAACAAGUUUUAUUCUACUGUGUCAACGACUGUCUCCCAACUCCAGGGAGUGUUGCCUGGCAACCCGGUCACCAGAGAGUAUGAGGUGAUUGCUCACAUCGCCAGCGCUGGCUCAGGCCUUCACUGGAAGAUUUACAGCGGAUACAAAAAGUCUACGAGACAAGAAGCGAGCAUAUUUGUUUUUGAGAAGCGACAGUUGGACCGAUGGACCAAACAGGAUAGAGAAGACAUCCUUAGUUCUCUGAAGAGAGGAGCAUCACAACUGACCAGGCUUAGACAUCCGCAGAUUCUGGUUGUACACCAUCCUUGCGAAGAGUCCAGAGACAGUUUAGCUUUUGCUACAGAGCCAGUCUUUGCCAGCUUGGCAAACAUCCUCGGCAAACUGGAGAAUACUCCGACACCGCCAAGUCCGCAGUUGAAAAACUACAAACUGUUUGAAGUGGAAAUCAAGUACGGACUGUUGCAAGUAGGAGAGGGGCUUGCAUUUUUGCACAACGAUGCUAAAAUUCUGCACCACAACCUGACACCGGAAAACAUUGUUGUGAACCAACAAGGCGCCUGGAAAAUCUUUGGUUUCGAUUUUUGCAUUUUGAAUUCUCAACCUGCUGCGGCUACUCCUGUUUGGCUGUGGCAGCAGUACAAGCCAGAUGUUCAUCCAUUGGCGCAGCCAGAACUGGACUAUCUCGCCCCAGAGGUAGCCCUGACGGAAAGUAACGGAGCAGCGAGUGACAUGUUCAGCCUGGGAGCUGUCAUAACAGCGUUGUACAACGACGGCCAACCUCUGCUGACUGCCAACAAAGACUGGAUGUCUUACAAGCGAAACAUCAAUGAGCUGAAGCAGCUACCAUUGUCCAAACUGAUGUGUGUGGCUGAAGGUUUAAGAGACAUGGUGAGACUCAUGCUUAAUGUCAAGCCCGAGUUGAGACCAGACGAACACGAGUUUCUUAAGAUAGACUUCUUCAAUGACGUGGGGGUAAAAACUCUGAACUACCUGGACUCUUUGUUCCAGUGGGAUAACCUGCAAAAGUCUCAGUUUUAUAAGGGACUUCCCGAAAUAAUUGAGAAACUACCACAUAGAGUGUGUCUGUUCAGAGUUAUUCCUUGUUUGGUGAAGGAAUUUGUGAACCCAACGAUGGUUCCGUUCGUUCUGCCCAAUGUUUUGCUCAUCUCGGAGAAUUGUUCCAAAGAGGAGUUUUCUCAACUUAUUCUUCCUCACCUUAAGCCUGUCAUGAAAAUGACAGAUCCGAUUCAGAUCCUGCUUAUCUUCAUGCAAAAAAUGGAGUUGCUUCUGAAGCUAUGUCCACCAGAAGAGGUGAAGUCUGAUGUAUUGCCGAUGUUGUAUCGAGCGCUGGAAGCGGAUGCUCAGCAGAUUCAAGAACUCUGCCUGUCUGUGCUGCCCAACUACGCGACACUCAUCGAGUACCCGUCGAUGAAGAACGCGCUGCUGCCCAGAAUCAAGCGGCUUUGCAUAUCAACUUCUUUCAUAUCGGUUAGGGUCAACUGUCUCGUGUGUGUUGGUAAGCUGUUGGAACACCUGGACAAGUGGCUUGUACUGGACGAAGUUUUACCGUUCCUGCCUCAGAUACCCUCGCGAGAACCAGCCGUCCUCAUGGGAAUACUUGGUAUUUACAAACUGGUCUUGAACCACAAGAAGUUUGUAAUGACCAAGGAGGUGAUGGCGACCAAGGUGAUUCCGUUCCUGAUGCCGCUCAGUAUAGAGAACGCUCUCACGCUAAACCAGUUCAACGCUAUCAUCGCAGUCAUCAAGGAGAUGGUCAACCGUGUGGAGGCCGAGCAAAAGGUCAAACUGGAACAGCUCAACUCUAUACAGAACGAGCAAAAGGACAUGGAUAUGAACAUGAAGACCUUCAACUCAGCCCCUCCCACUCAAUCGGAGUUUGAGGAGAUUCUCGGCAUGAAGCCGAGCAUACCUAAACCAACUCCCACUCUCAAAUCAGACCUGUCCACCUUAACUCAGCCCAAAGGUUUGACUCUGCAGGAUAAACAGGGGUACGCGGAGAGACAAGAGGUAGCCAGAAGGUUACAACAGGAGCCAGUGCUGAACCCAACCUCCGUCACACCCCGUGCUCCACCCCCCGUCAAGGAUCUCACCAUGUCACUCAUGGAGAACAACUUGAAGCAGAUCUCACUGGCGCCUGCCCCCACCAACCCCGCUCAGGGGUGGUCUAUGCCAGUCGCCCCCGCAGUAGCACCUGUUGCCCCCGCUGCACCUGUACCACCUGCCAACGCAUGGACCAAUCAGAGUUGGAACCCCCCGGCAGCAGCCCCCGCGUGGCAGGCUCCCCCUGCUCUACAAGCUCCUCCCGCUCUACAAGCUCCCCCUCGACAAGCUCCCCCCGCUCAGUUUCGCCCCACCUUCCCUGCUCCACAGUUCCAACUGGCCAACAAGGUUCCGAUGAACAGCAUGGCCCCGCAGUCUUUCCCGAUGAUGAACGGAAUGAAACCCGCUCAACCUACCAAGCAACUCUCUGCUACAGAAAUCAACGAUUUCCUCAGUUAAUAUUUUAUAAAAAAUUAUAAACACUGGUUUUGUUCGAUUACGUGGAGUGUCGUGUUAUGAUGGAUGCUAGUAACGGAUUGGUUCGUGUUGUGUAACAUUUCAUUCCUGUUAACCAAAAUGUUGAUACAUAGUGUUUUUGUAUGUAUAUAAGAGUCUUUUUCUGGUCACUGUGCUUUUGUAGAGCAUAAAUGCUGCUUUUGCACUGAGACAUGUCGCUGUAUAAUUUUUGAACUUUGCCAUAGUAAUAUUUUGCUGAAUUAAACAUUUACCUAGAUAUUUUAGCACAUUUUAUAGGUUUGAAAUUGGCAAUUACGACUUAAAAAGCACAAAUUAUUUAUUUUAAAAUAUUUUAGCUUUUAGCAUUUUUAAUUGAUAUAUUUUAGCUAUUUACAUACACACAGUUUAUUGUACAUCUUAGUUUUAUUUUUCAUGGCUUAGUCACAUUAUAAGUUUAAGUCUUCUGAGACAAUUCCUAGGAAUUUAUGAGAGAUAAAAAAUUGAGAUUACAAUUAAUAAAGAAUAGGUACUUAACAGUACCUAUCAUUUAUACCUUAUGACUAAAUUGAUGUUGUAUUUAGUUUAAUUUAAAUGUUGUACAUAAAAUAUUAUGAAACUUUCAUUGUUGUUUGCUAGAAUAAAUAUAAUGACAUGAGUUUAGGCCCAGAUAGCUUUUUGUAUGGAAAAUUUGCUAUAAAUGUUAAGUGAUAUCCAAAAUUGAAUGUCAAACUGUAUUUUUGGUCACUCAGUAGAGUCUUGGUCACACAACCUAAACCAGUUGCUACAAGAUUGGAUAAGUCGAAUGAUUAGAUAACUUGGAGAAUUAAAAUCCACUAUCAAUUGAUUCUUGAUACCAAUUUUUAAUACGUCAGGAGUCUAUGCCAAUACCUAAACCGAACACAUCUGCUAAAGAUAAAAAAUUUCACGCUUUUGCAACAAUUGACCCCGAGACUGGAGGAAACGAUGAUGAUGUCUAAAAAAUACUGUUGUAGAUAAGAAUUUUGCCGUGAUCAAGGGUGACGAGGGUUUCUACAAGGCUACGGGAGAUAUUCUUGAUUUUGCCGCAAAAAUGAAGGAGGAUGAUGUUUCCGUUACCGAUGGAGAUGUUCAACAUUUUGUCCUCCAUAGCGGGAGACGAUGGGGAUCGUUUCCUUACCGCUGAGAGAUAUUCAGGAUUCUGCCGCAAUCGUGGUAGACAGUAAAUGUUUCCGGUUGAAAUUUGCCUAGUUAAAAUUUUAA